UACUCAGCAGAAUAUGGAGGUACUUAUGGCAGAACGGGCCAAUCUGGUAUUUCACAAUAAAGUGAUAGACGGAACUGCCAUGAAACGACUUAUUAGUAGAUUAAUAGAUCACUUCGGAAUGGCAUAUACAUCACACAUCUUGGAUCAAGUAAAGGCUUUGGGUUUUCAACAAGCUACUGCUACAUCCAUUUCAUUAGGAAUUGAUGAUCUUUUAACAAUACCCUCGAAGAGGUGGCUAGUUCAAGAUGCUGAACAACAAAGUUUUAUUUUGGAAAAACACCAUCAUUGUGGGAAUGUACACGCAGUGGAAAAAUUACGUCAAUCCAUUGAAAUAUGGUAUGCCACAAGUGAAUAUUUGCGACAAGAAAUGAAUCCUAAUUUUAGAAUGACCGACCCCUUUAAUCCAGUUCAUAUAAUGUCUUUUUCGGGAGCUAGAGGAAAUGCAUCUCAGGUCCAUCAAUUAGUAGGUAUGAGAGGAUUAAUGUCGGACCCUCAAGGACAAAUGAUUGAUUUACCCAUUCAAAGCAAUUUACGCGAAGGGCUUUCUUUAACAGAAUAUAUAAUUUCUUGCUACGGAGCGCGUAAAGGGGUUGUGGACACUGCUGUACGAACAUCAGAUGCUGGAUAUCUCACGCGUAGACUUGUUGAAGUAGUUCAACACAUUGUUGUACGUCGAACAGAUUGUGGCACCGUCCGUGGUAUUUCUGUAAGUCCUGGGAAUGGUAUGAUGCCAGAAAGGAUUUUUAUACAAACAUUAAUUGGUCGUGUAUUAGCCGAUGAUAUAUAUAUGGGUCUACGAUGCAUUGCCACUAGAAAUCAAGACAUUGGGAUUGGACUUGUAAAUAGAUUCAUAACCUUUCGAGCACAACCAAUAACCAUCCGAACCCCCUUUACUUGUAGGAGUGCAUCUUGGAUCUGUCGAUUAUGUUAUGGACGGAGUCCUACUCACAGCGACCUGGUUGAAUUGGGAGAAGCCGUAGGUAUUAUUGCAGGCCAAUCGAUUGGAGAACCGGGUACUCAAUUAACAUUACGAACUUUUCAUACCGGCGGAGUAUUCACGGGGGGUACUGCAGAACACGUGCGAGCCCCUUCUAAUGGAAAAAUAAAAUUCAAUGAAGAUUUGGUUCAUCCGACACGUACACGUCAUGGGCAUCCCGCUUUUCUCUGUUCUAUGGACUUAUAUGUAACUAUUGAGAGUCAAGAUAUUAUACACAACGUGACUAUUCCACCCCAAAGUUUUCUUUUAGUUCAAAACGAUCAAUAUGUAGAAUCAGAACAAGUGAUUGCUGAGAUUCGCGCAGGAACAUCCACUUUGAAUUUUAAAGAGAAAGUUCGAAAACAUAUUUAUUCUGACUCAGACGGAGAAAUGCACUGGAGCACCGAUGUAUACCAUGCAUCUGAAUUUACAUAUAGUAACGUCCAUCUUUUACCAAAAACAAGCCAUUUAUGGAUAUUGUCAGGGGGUUCGUGCAGAUCCAGUAUAGUCCCGUUUUCGCUACACAAGGAUCAAGAUCAAAUAAACGUUCAUUCUCUUUCUGUCGAAAGAGGAUAUAUCUCUAACCCUUCAGUAAAUAAUGAUAAAGUUAAACACAAAUUCUUUAGUUCAUAUCUUUCGAGUAAAAGUAAAAAAGAAAGUGGAAUUCUUGAUUAUUCAGACCGUAAACGAAUCAUAUGUACUGGUUUCAUAUAUCCUGGUAUUCUCCACGAAAAUUCUGAUUUAUUGGCAAAGAGGCGAAAAAAUAGAUUUAUCAUCCCAUUCCAAUCGAUUCAAGAAAAAGAACUAAUGUCCCACUCCGAUAUCUUGAUUGAAAUACCUAUAAAUGGCAUUUUCCGUAGAAAUAGUAUUUUUGCUUAUUUUGACGAUCCCCAAUACCGAAGAAAGAGUUCAGGAAUUACUAAAUAUGUGGCUAUAGGGGUGCAGUCAAUUGUCAAAAAAGAGGAUUUAGUUGAGUAUCGAGGAGGUAAGGAAUAGCCAAAAUACCAAAUGAAAGUCGAUCGUUUUUUUUUCAUUCCCGAGGAAGUGCAUAUAUUACCUGGAUCUUCUUCCCUAAUGGUACGGAACAAUAGUAUCGUUGGGGUGGAUACACAAAUUACUUUAAAUAUAAGAAGCCGAGUAGGCGGGUUGGUCCGAGUGGAGAGAAAAAAAAAAAGAAUUGAACUUAAAAUAUUUUCUGGAGAUAUCCAUUUUCCUGGAGAGACAGAUAAGAUAUCCCGAUACAGUGGUAUCUUGAUACCACCAGGAACGGUAAAAACAAAUUCUAAGGAGUCGAAAAAGGUGAAAAAUUGGAUCUAUGUCCAACGGAUCACACCUACCAAGAAAAAGUCUUUUGUUUUGGUUCGACCAGUACUCAUAUAUGAAAGAGGGGACGGUAUAAAUUUAGAAAGACUUUUUCCGCCGGAUUUAUUGCAGGAAAAAGAGAAUCUGAAACUUCGAGUUGUCAAUUAUAUCCUUUUUGGGAAUGGUAAACCAAUUCGAGGAAUUUCUGAUACAAAUAUUCAAUUAGUUCGGACUUGUUUAGUAUUGAAUUGGGACCAAGACAAAAAAAGUUCUUCUAGUCAAGAAGCUCGUGCUUCUUUUGUUGAAGUAAGUAUAAAUGGUCUGAUUCGUGAUUUCCUAAGAAUCCACUUAGGGAAAUCACCCAUUUCCUAUAUCAACAGAAAAAGGAACGAUUCAUCAAGUUCGGGAUUGAUCUCUGAUAAUGGGCCAGAUCGCACCAAUACCAAUAUUAAUCCAUUUUAUUCGAUUUAUUCCAAGACAAGGAUUCCACAAUCACUUAAACAAAAUCAAGGAACUAUUAGUAUUAGUACGUUGUUGAAUAGAAAUAUGGGAUUCCAAUCGUUGAUAGUUUUGUCAUCAUCUAAUUGUUUUCGAAUGGGUCCAUUCAACGAUGUAAAAUAUCACAAUCAUAAUGCGAUAAAAGAAUCAACUAAAAGAGAUCCAAUAAUUCCAAUUAGGAAUUUGUUGGGCCCCUUAGGAACAGCCCUUCAAAUUGCGAAUUUUUACUCAUUUUACCAUUUACUAACUCAUAAUCGGAUCUCGGUAAUUAAAUAUUUGAAACUUGAGAAUUUAAAAUUAAAACAGACUUUAAAAGUACUAAAAUAUUAUUUAAUGGAUGAGAACGGUAGAAUUGUUAAUCACGAUCCGUACAGUAACAACGUUUUGAAUCCAUUCAAAUUGAAUUGGUAUUUUCUCCAUCAUAAUUAUCAUCAUAAUUAUUGUCAAGAAAAAUCUACAAUAAUGAAUCUUGGACAGUUUAUUUGUGAAAAUGUAUGUAUGACAAAAAACGGACCGCCCCUAAAAUCGGGUCAAGUUAUACUUGUUCAAGUUGACUCUGUAGUAAUACGAUCAGCUAAGCCUUAUUUGGCUACUCCAGGAGCAACUGUUCAUGGCCAUUAUGGGGAAAUCCUGUACGAAGGAGAUACUUUAAUUACAUUUAUAUAUGAAAAAUCGAGAUCUGGUGAUAUAACCCAAGGGCUUCCAAAAGUAGAACAGGUGUUAGAAGUGCGCUCGAUUGAUUCAAUAUCGAUGAACCUAGAAAAGAGGGUUGAGGGUUGGAACGAACGUAUAACAAGAAUUCUUGGAAUGCCGUGGGCAUUCUUGAUUGGUGCUGAACUAACUAUAGUGCAAAGUCGUAUCUCUUUGGUUAAUAAGAUACAAAAGGUUUAUCGAUCCCAAGGAGUGCAGAUUCAUAAUAGACAUAUAGAAAUUAUUGUACGUCAAAUAACAUCAAAGGUCUUGGUUUCCGAAGAGGGAAUGUCUAAUGUUUUUUCACCGGGAGAACUAAUUGGAUUGUUACGGGCGGAACGGAUGGGGCGCGCGUUGGAAGAAGCGGUUUGUUACCGAGCCCUCUUAUUGGGCAUAACAAGAGCGUCUCUCAAUACUCAAAGUUUUAUAUCUGAAGCAAGUUUUCAAGAAACUGCUCGAGUUUUAGCAAAAGCAGCUCUCCGGGGUCGAAUCGAUUGGUUGAAAGGCCUGAAAGAGAACGUUGUUUUGGGGGGUAUGAUACCUGUUGGUACAGGGUUGAAAGGAUUGGUGCCCUCUUCAAAACAACACAACAGGAGCCCUUUGGAAAUGGAAACAAAAAAAAACAAUCUAUUCGAGGGGGAAAUGAGAGAUAUUUUGUUUCACCACAGAAAAUUAUUUGAUUCUUUGUUUUCAAAGAAUUUUCAUGAUAGACCAGAACAAUCAUUUAUAGGAUUUAAUGAUUCCUAAAAGUCGAUUCAUCUUUUUGACUAUCUGU